GGACAUGGAGACGAGGUUUUUUUUUUUUUGCGAAGGGACAUGGAGACGAGGUUGAUUGGGGUUCCGGAUGCGUGCGUGCGUGGGAUUUAUUAGAGGGUGAAACCGAAUGCCUGCUGCUGCUGGUAGCAGUGCUUUGCUUAGAUGCUGCGAAUCACUCACGCAUGCAUGCGCAAGCAAUCGAGGCAUUUGAGUGUUUUUCGAGCGCUGUUUGCUUCCUGUGGGAGUAGGUACACAACUUGAUUUUCGGUGCUCUAGCCGGCGACCCUGCUUUGCUGAUGCUCCAUGUGUGAGUGUGUGACUCCGCCGGCUUGUGUUAAUCCCUUGAUUUCUAGCCAGCAGAAGUAUCUGGAUAGAGUGUACUGCCACUUCCAAUGGAAAGCAUUAUGUGUUGUUGGGUUCCGUGAGACUAACCUGAUUGUUAGUGGGUUUCGGUUUGGCUAUUGAGCACUCGAUUCAGGGUCAUGUUCAUAACUCUUUACCAACCUGAUGUUUCGAGGGCAGUAACUUACUUGCUGUCUCCUCCUAUUUGCCUAGCUAGAGAUAGAGAUCAUACCUCUGGUGAUUGUGUGUCGUAUCGUUGUGCAACUGUUAUAAGGAGCAUGUGUUUGACCAUAACACCUCCGCACAAGAGCCAUAAAACAGCUAGACAUCAGUGCUGCUAGGCUGAAUUGCUCAUGUGCGGAAAGCCAGAAACUAUGUGACAAGUUGAGUCCCUGCAGUUUAGGAGGUCCGUAUUGAGACGCUGGCUCUGUUCUGAGGAACUGGAUAUGGAAUCAAAUUUCAUGAAUGGAUAAUUACUCUUCUAAUGCUUUUUGUUGAAUGCUAGCCGACUGACUUGUUGCCUUCUCUUACACAUUGGGUAAACUCGUAUAACUACUUCAUCGCCCAAUUGUGCUGACAUAUUUUGUUCUCAUAUCUAUCUCAGUUUGGAUUGACAAAUAUCGUUAUCUCAAUACUAGGUGGUUUCCUAGUUGCCCUGUUUCUCCUAGCUGCAAAUGUAAUAAUGGACAACAUUGGACAUAGGGAAAAUGGGAGGCAAAGGCCAGACCAAUAUAAGGGACUUCAUACCCAGUGGAUGAUUCCCCAAAGGCAAAUGAAGGACCACCACAGUAUGAAUCUCCUGGCACUUAUGAGUGAGAGGGACAAUGCCAUUAUGGAAAGAGAUCAUGCUCUGGCUGAGAAGAAAGCUGCCUUGGCUGAGAGGGACAUGGCGUUCGCCCAGCGGGAGUCUGCAAUGGUCGAACGGAAUGCUGCAAUCGUCGAACGAGACAAUGCCCUUGCUGCACUUGAACUAGCUCGUACAAAUGGAUUUAAUGUGAAUAACGGGAACGGAUUUCCCGCAGGAUCCCUCAGCGGAACAAAGAAUUUCCACCACCACGACCAGCUUUCCCAUGCUCAAUCAUCGCCACGUCAACUGGCAGAUUCUCCAUAUGAUCACUCCAAGGAAAUGCACAUAUCAGAAGCAUACCCUAUCUCAAUAGCCUCAGGGAAUGCUGGAAAGAUAAAGAGGUCAAAGAAGAAUAGUUCGCCUCCAAUGAAGAGGCCAUCAGGUGUGCUCCGGAAAACAAAGAAAGCCACUGGUGAUUGGAGGGAUGUCGGAAUGUCUGGUGGCGGCGAGGAUCCUGCUCGGGAGUCUGUGAUGAAAAAUGAAUGGAAGGACCAAGACCUUGGUCUGAACCAGGUCGCAUACGAUGAGUCAAGCAUGCCCGCGCCUUCCUGCUCCUGCACGGGUAAGCUCCGCCAAUGCUACAAGUGGGGGAAUGGUGGGUGGCAAUCGUCCUGCUGCACCAUGAGCAUGUCCAUGUACCCACUCCCUGUGAUGCCUAACAAGCGCCAUGCUCGCAUGGGGGGAAGGAAGAUGAGCGGCAGCGCGUUCACAAAGCUGCUCAGCCGACUAGCAGGUGAAGGGCAUGAUCUCUCAACAUCUGUGGACCUCAAGGACCACUGGGCUAAGCAUGGCACGAACCGGUAUAUCACUAUCCGGUAGCUCCCGCAUGAUUCAAGCUCAAAAGAUGGGAGAUCGAUCAGCAAAGGUCCUGCAUUCUCUGAAUCCUACCGGGGGAGGUCAGCCUCUGUAAUGUCAAUUGGUUUCUGGUGGAUGCAGGUAGAAUCUUGUGUUUUGCAAAUGCUGUAGGCCCUCCCUCCCUCUUUUGUACUACUCAGCAUGGAGUACGUCGCUGCAGCGAUGUUCAGUGGGAAUGUAACUGUAGCAAGCCCGUUCAUCGCCGUAUAGUUUGACGACUAGAUUCAAGUGGUAGUAGUAGUAAAAUGACUGGCGAAUACCUGCUAGUGUUCUAGACUCCUAGUUCUACCAUCAGCCUUGCAGAAAAAAAAAGGUGAAAGUUCAGACAUGCAAAUGUUUUUCCCUGCUUCAUUUGUUUUUAGA